CUCUGGUGACCUCCAUCCCACCUUGGAACACCUGGGAGCCCCUGCCCUGGAGUGGGACUGGGGGUGGGGGCAGGGUCCAGAGAUGACUGGGGGAUGGGAGAUGGCUGUGGGCAGAAGGACCCUGGCACUCACCCUCCGCCUCUGCCCCCCAGGCUCAGGCCGUCCAGUGGGCUCAGGCCCAGAGCCCAGAGCAACCAGCACCAUAGCGUCCAACAGCUGGAAUGCCAGCAGCAGCCCCGGGGAGGCCCGGGAGGAUGGGCCCGAGGGCCUGGACAAGGGGCUGGACAACGACGCCGAGGGCGUGUGGAGCCCGGACAUCGAGCAGAGCUUCCAGGAGGCCCUGGCCAUCUACCCGCCCUGCGGCCGGCGCAAGAUCAUCCUGUCGGACGAGGGCAAGAUGUACGGUCGGAAUGAGCUGAUCGCGCGCUACAUUAAAUUGAGGACAGGAAAGACGCGGACAAGGAAACAGGUGUCCAGCCACAUACAGGUUCUAGCUCGGAAGAAGGUGCGGGAGUACCAGGUUGGCAUCAAGGCCAUGAACCUGGACCAGGUCUCCAAGGACAAAGCCCUCCAGAGCAUGGCAUCCAUGUCCUCUGCCCAGAUCGUCUCCGCCAGUGUCCUGCAGAACAAGUUCAGCCCGCCCUCCCCUCUGCCGCAGGCCGUCUUCUCCACGUCCUCAAGGUUCUGGAGCAGCCCCCCUCUCCUGGGACAGCAGCCUGGACCCUCUCAGGACAUCAAGCCCUUCGCGCAGCCAGCCUACCCCAUCCAGCCACCCCUGCCACCCACGCUCAGCAGUUACGAGCCCCUGGCCCCGCUGCCCCCAGCUGCUGCCUCUGUGCCCGUGUGGCAGGACCGCACCAUCGCCUCCUCCCGGCUGCGGCUGCUUGAAUAUUCGGCCUUUAUGGAGGUGCAGCGAGACCCCGACACGUACAGCAAACACCUGUUUGUGCACAUUGGCCAGACGAACCCCGCCUUCUCAGACCCGCCCCUGGAGGCAGUAGACGUGCGGCAGAUCUAUGACAAGUUCCCUGAGAAAAAGGGUGGACUGAAGGAGCUUUAUGAGAAGGGGCCCCCUAACGCCUUCUUCCUUGUCAAGUUCUGGGCUGACCUCAACAGUACUAUCCAGGAGGGCCCAGGAGCCUUCUAUGGGGUCAGCUCCCAGUACAGUUCUGCCGACAGCAUGACCAUCAGCGUGUCCACUAAGGUGUGCUCCUUUGGCAAGCAGGUGGUGGAGAAGGUGGAGACGGAGUAUGCCCGGCUGGAGAAUGGCCGCUUUGUGUACCGCAUCCACCGCUCGCCCAUGUGUGAGUACAUGAUCAACUUCAUCCACAAGCUGAAGCACCUGCCCGAGAAGUACAUGAUGAACAGCGUCCUGGAGAACUUCACCAUCUUGCAGGUGGUCACAAGCCGAGACUCCCAGGAGACCCUGCUCGUCAUUGCUUUUGUCUUCGAAGUCUCCACCAGUGAGCAUGGGGCCCAGCACCACGUCUACAAGCUUGUCAAAGACUAGGGUGUUCUCUGCGCCUCCUCAAGGUUGCAAGAUGAGCAUCUUUUCCACACACCUGCCUGGCACCCCCAGGAGUCCAGGUUGAGAACUCUUCCACCUGCCAGGCCUCAGGCCCUGGACCCAAGAGGCCUCCCCGCCCAUCCCUGGCACACACACUCCCUGCCACUGUUCUGCGCUUUAAUUGUGGGAGAAGAGAGGAGGGCUCAGUAGUGGGGCAGCUUGCCCAGGGCACUGACCACCAUCAGCUGGUUCUGUGGGGAUGGAGGACCCCCUCAGGCUCCAGUGUGUGGCUCCUGGCCUCCAGGGGAAUGGAGGGCAAGGUAGAAUGGAGACCCAGGGAGGCAGCCUGCAGAGGGGGAAAGAGCAUCAGGUUGGGGGCCUGGUUGAGAGGGGCCCAUGUUUCUUUGCAUCUCCUGUGUGCCAGGUCUGAAGCCAGGCUCCUUAUGUGUGGCCUGUGCAAUCCUUACUCUGCAGCUCCCAGUGGGGGAUGGGUAGAGCUAGAGCCCAGGUUUACUUCCUGGGGGCUGGUCAGUGGUGGGCCUGUAUGGGAGUGAGUGGAACUGCCAAGGACUGGUGGGUUGGGGGUCAGGAUAUAGUACCUCCUGCCAGCAUUCCCCACUGUAGGGAAGUACCUGUUUGGACAGGGCAGAGAGGCUCCUAGGUACUCCAGUCUGCAAGCCAGCCAGUGGCACCAGAGCCUCCAUGUACCCUACAGGGUAAGCCCCCUGCUCAGAUCUUGCCCUGGGCAGCAGCUUCCCAGUCCCGUUAACCCUUCCCCAUACCCAAGCCUCUGAGAGCUGGUGGACUGUCCCCCAGCCACCUUCACCUCUGGGUAUUUAUAAGUUUCAUAUGAAGUACUGUGCCCCUUCCUUACCACCACCCCACCUUGCCCGAGCUUCCUGAAGGUCCUCACAGUUUGCAUAUUGCUCAGGCCACCUCCAAAUCCCACCUAGGUUUUAUAAUGUUUAUUAUAUAUAUAUAUUUUUGUGUAUUUUUUAAAUCCAGCUGUGAUGGGUUAUAUUAUAAAUGUGGUUCUGGGCUGGGGCAAGGCCCUCAAGGCCUAGUUCCUGCUCAAGAAAAAAAAAAUUAAAGUUAUUUGUUUGUGGGUCA